CCUGCCUGUUGUCACACGUCCGAUGAUAUCUGUGAACAUGUCUUUCCUGUGGUGCGCGCUCUCGCAACCUUGAAGGGACUGGGCGGCGCGCAUUCCCUGGGACCGAGAGAGUGCGCGUGCUAACAACAGAGACCCAUUCGUUCACCAAAGGGUAUAAUCCGGGCAUUUGUGUUUGAAACCGAACCGAGACGGGAAGUCUAGCGCACCAGCAGGGAAAUUGUACAGAGGAGGUGUUUUUUACAUGUAAUUCUACGCAUUUUUUUCAAUAUAGAAAAAGGUUCGUUUAGCAAAAGAUACAAACAGGCCACGGUAGGACGGAUGAGGUUCCUUUUAAUUCUGGAGAAACCGAGGGAGGAAGAGUGUUGGUGUAAAUAAUUAAAUAUCCGUCUACUGCAAGGAGAAAAAAUGCAUCUUCACCAGGUGCUGACCGGAGCUGUCAAUCCGGGAGACAGCUGCUAUUCUGUCGGUAGCGUCAAUGACAUUCCUUUCACGGCAUAUGGCUCAGGAUGUGAUAUUGUCAUUUUGGCAAGUGACUUUGAGUGUGUUCAGAUCAUUCCGGGUGCCAAACAUGGAAACAUUCAAGUGAGCUGCGUGGAGUGUUCACAUCAGCUGGGAAGGAUUGCAGCCUCCUAUGGGAAUACAGUGUGUAUUUUUGAACCAGUUGCUACAAAUCCCCACAAAAGAAACAAUCAGCUAAAUUAUCAAUGGCAAAAGACAGGACAAUUUUUCCUCAAUUCUAUGACCUACAAUUUGGCAUGGGACCCACAAGGUAACCGAAUAUUAACAGCAACAGACCAACUGCAGCUAUGGGCACCGCCGUCUGGUGAUAUUCUUUUGGAGGAGGAUGAUAGUCAAGCUGCAGAUGGUAGAUUACCACCAGUCUUAAAUGACUGGAAAUAUGUCUGGCAGUGCAAGACUGCAGUGUCUGUUCAUAUUAUGAAGUGGUCCUCUGAUGGUGAAUACUUUGCAACAGCGGGGAAGGAUGACUGUCUAUUGAAGGUGUGGUAUCCAACCACAGGCUGGAAGUCUGCUGUUGUAAUCCCAGAUCUGCCUGACAGAAAAUCAGACGCUGUCCAUUUCUCCUUUGUGUACCUGGCACAUCCUCGGACUGUGACAGGCUUUUCAUGGCGAAAGACCAGCAAAUACAUGCCUAGAGGGUCUGUGUGCAAUGUGCUGCUUACUUCGUGUCAGGAUGGGGUCUGUCGGCUCUGGUCUGAAACCUUGUUACCGGAGGACAGUCUUCUUGGUGGCCAAAUCACUGAAAGCAGCACUAGCUCCAGCAGCAGCCUUCCUCAUCUCGGAAAUCAGAAGGAUAAGAUACAGCAUGCUCUGGAGACAAUUCACCACUUUAAACAUCUGAGAAGAGGUCGGAGGAGAUCUUCAGCUUUGGUCGCCCACACAGACCUGUUGCCAAGCCAGCUUGGUUCACAUGAUGUGCACAGGCAGAUUUCUCACCAUGCUAAUGCACUCUGCCAUUUUCACAUUGCAGCAAGUAUCAGCCCUAGCACAGCUAUUCCACCUGCUUUGGCUGGGACAGCUUUCACAUCUGAUGAAGGAAAUGGAGGCUUUGUUGUUCAUUGGCUUAACAAUAAGGAUCUCAGCUUUACAUCUGCCAUGGAUUUGUUCAUGCAGCAACUAAGAAAGAUCUCUGAGCAGCAGGUGGAACAAGGAUGUGAAGACCUCGAUCAAGACAUUUUACAGAAGUCUGAUCCUGAACUGGAAGAUGUUUCGGAUAAAGGGUCAUCCGAGCAUGAAGAAGGAGAACAAGAAGGAAGUCCCAAGGCAUCGUCCCCUGGCUCCAGUGCUAGUGUACCACUCCCCACAGUGCUGCUUGAUCGGAAAAUGGAGGCACUUGUUAAUGAGUGGAACAGGAACCCGGAUAUGCUUUUUACAAUUCAUCCUGUUGAUGGCUCAUUUUUAGUGUGGCAUGUAAAAUAUUUAGAUGAAUACAUCCCAGGAAUCUUCAGACAGGUCCAGGUUGCAUUUUCUUCUCGCAUUCCAGUAGCUUUUCCCACUGGAGAUGCUAACUCGCUCAGUAAAAACAUCAUGGUGUAUGCUUGUACAUUUACUGAAAAAGAUUCAAGUGAUUCUGGGCAACAGAAGAAGAAAAUUAAAAGCAUUCCUCAUAGUGCAUCAGAAACAGAUGUAUUUGGCUCUGGAACUGGCCAUUCAGUGGUGCCUGUCAUUAGUCCUGCAGUAAUGAUGGUGUCAAAACACAUAGAUGGAUCCCUGAACCAGUGGGCUGUUACUUUUGCAGACAAGUCUACCUUCUCAUCAGUAUUGACUGUCUCUCACAAAUUUAGAUAUUGUGGACAUCGCUUCCAUCUUAAUGACUUGGCCUGUCAUACUGUACUUCCAUUGUUGCUGACUUCUUCACAUCAUAAUGCUUUGUUAACUCCUGAGUUAGAGAACGAAUGGGACUCUGAAAAAGUGAAGCAAAAACUACAGCCCUUCAAACCUCAGAAGGGUUUCUCGAGAAAGCAGCUGAAAAAUGCAGCAACUCGAACAUUUCAUGACCCCAAUGCAAUCUACAGUGAGCUGAUUCUCUGGCGUGUGGAUCACAUAGGACCCUUAUCAUGCACAGGAGGGGUGUCUGAGUUGGCACGAAUUAACUCUCUACAUACUUCAGCCUUUUCUAAUGUCGCUUGGCUUCCAACACUGAUACCAAGCCACUGUCUUGGAACUUACUGCAAUUCUGCAAGUGCUUGCUUUGUGGCUUCCGAUGGCAAGAACCUUCGGCUGUACCAAGCUGUGGUUGAUGCUCGAAAACUUUUAGAUGAACUUUCGGAUCCAGAGAUAUCUAAACUUGUUGGUGAGGUCUUUAAUAUUGUCAGCCAGCAGUCUACAGCUCGUCCUGGUUGUAUUAUUGAACUUGAUGUCAUUACAAACCAGUGUGGCUCAACCACGCAACUUCUUCAUGUCUUUCAAGAGGAUUUCAUCUUGGGUUAUAAACCACAUGAUGAGUCUGAAGCUUAUGAGGAUCUUGAAUCUUCCAGUUUUCAGACAGAACAAGGGUACCGCCCUCCACUGUUUUCAGAAACGUUUUUUCUUGUGGUAAUUGCAAAGGACAGCAAUAGACGUUCUGUUCUUCAGAUGUGGCAUCUCCAUUUAAAAUCUGUGCAGGCUUGUUCCAGUAAUACGACACCUGAGAAGACAUUUGAGAACAAGCUCACUGUUCCACAGCAAAACAAUGCAGAGUCUUCUCCAGAUUCCUCCCCCGGCCAAAGCCCUCUUCCACGCUCUUCUUCAACAGCUAAUCUCCAGUCUGCCAGCAAGCUCAUCCUGAGUUCCAAAUUAGUAUACAGCCAACCGCUGGAUCUUCCCAAUGACGUCGAAGUUAUCCGUGCAACACCUUCAGCAGGGCAUCUUAGCUCCUCGUCAAUUUACCCAGUCUGUCUCGCUCCCUAUUUAAUAGUGACAACCUGCUCCGACAGUAAGGUCAGGUUCUGGCACUGCAUUGUGGAAAUUGAUCCAAGUUAUGAAGAUCCUGAAGAAGGGCGCACUUACCGAUGGGAACCAUGGUCUUUAAUGAAUGAAGAAGAUGACAGCAACAGUGCAGUGUGUGUUCCUGGGAGGCCAGUGGCUGUCAGCUGUUCUUAUACUGGUCGCCUUGCAGUUGCUUUUAAACAGCUAAAGCAAAGCAAUGGUUGUAUAUCGAAAGAGUUCUCAAUGCACGUGUCUAUAUUUGAAUGCGAGUCAACCGGAGGAUCUGAGUGGGUCUUAGAGCAGACUAUUCACUUAGAUGAUUUAGCAAAUGUGGGAAAUGCCCUGGACCCCAGGGUCAGUGUUGACAGUAACUUGUGUGUAUAUAGCAAGUCAGAUUUGUACCUUAACAAAGACCAUCACCUGACUCCAAAUAUAAAACAUUUUGUUCACCUUGAUUGGUUAUCCAAAGAAGAUGGCUCACACAUACUGACUGUGGGGGUCGGAUCCAGCAUAUUGAUGUACGGCAGAAUUUCUGGCAUUGUAAAUGAACAAACCAGCAGCAAGGAUGGUGUUGCUGUCAUUACUCUACCACUAGGUGGAAGCAUUAAGCAAGGAAUAAAAUCCAAGUGGAUCCUUCUGAGAUCAGUGGACUUGGUAUCCUCAGUGGAUGGCACACCUUCCUUACCAGUGUCACUGUCUUGGGUAAGGGAUGGAAUACUAGUAAUAGGAAUGGACUGCGAAAUGCAUGUCUAUGCCCAGUGGAAGCAAGACAAGAAACGCUCUGGUGAAACUGAGAGUGACAGUCCAUCGUCUUCUGAAAACAUAGCAGGCCAAGUCGACUCAAGAGGAUUUGACACAAAAGCCUGUAAAAUGAAGCACAGUGUUUUUGAUGGACCUGCUACUGCAGGUGAUGCUUUCACAGCUCCUACUGUUCUUCAGGAUGGGGGUCUGUUUGAAGCUGCACAUUCUCUUUCACCUACUCUUCCCCAGUACCAUCCCACUCAACUCUUGGAGCUCAUGGACUUAGGGAAAGUUCGCAGAGCAAAAGCCAUUCUUUCUCAUUUGGUGAAAUGCAUUGCUGGCGAGGUGGCGAUUGUGAGAGAUACAGAGGCAGGAGAAGGAGGAGCCAGGCGACACCUUUCUCGGACCAUCAGUGUAAGUGGCAGUACAGCAAAGGACACAAUCAUAGCUGGAAGAGAUGGUGUCCGUGACUACACUGAAAUUGACUCAAUUCCGCCAUUGCCAUUAUAUGCCUUGCUGUCUGCUGACUUGGACACAUCCUAUAAAAUUGCAGACGAAAGUGGGAAAGUGCGUAAAGGCUCCGAGAGUCAACGAAAGCUAUCGGGAGAUCAAUACGAAGACCUGUUUCAGGUUCAAGCUGUAACCACUGAUGACUUUGUUAGCUUUGCUACUGAAAAAAGAGAAAGUAAAUCCAGAGUUAUUAAUUUGUCACAAUAUGGCCUGACAUACUUUGGCCCAGAGCAUGCUCGAGUUUUAUCAAGCCAUCUGAUGCAUUCUAGUUUACCAGGGCUAACUCGCCUUGAGCAGAUGUUUCUGGUCGCAUUGGCUGACACUGUGGCUACAACAAGCACUGAAGUUGGCGGAAGCAGAGAAAAAAGUUGUACAGGAGGGGAAACGAUUGAUGAAUGUGGUCUCCGGUAUUUGCUAGCCAUGCGCUUGCAUACAUGUUUGCUGACAUCACUACCCCCUUUAUACCGCUUGCAGCUGUUACACCAAGGUGUUUCUACCUGUCAUUUUGCUUGGGCUUUUCACUCUGAGGCAGAAGAUGAAAUGCUGAAUAUGAUCCCAGCAAUGCAAAGAGGAGAUCCACAGUGGCCUGAGUUGCGAGCCAUGGGAGUUGGCUGGUGGGUUCGAAAUAUAAAUACACUACGAAGGACCAUUGAGAAGGUUGCGAAAACUGCAUUUCAAAGGAAAAAUGAUCCAUUAGAUGCUGCAUUGUUUUAUCUCGCUAUAAAGAAGAAAGCGGUUCUUUGGGGGCUGUUUAGGUCUCAGCAUGACGAUAAGAUGACACAGUUUUUCAGCCACAACUUCAAUGAAGAUAGAUGGCGCAAAGCAGCUUUAAAAAAUGCCUUUUCUUUACUGGGAAAGCAGCGCUUUGAGCAGGCUGCAGCCUUCUUUUUACUGGCGGGCUCUUUGAAAGAUGCUAUUGAGGUUUGUCUUGAGAAAAUGGAAGACAUACAGCUAGCCAUGGUUGUUUCACGUCUGUACGAGUCGGAUUAUGAAACAUCCCCCUCCUACAAGGGUAUCCUCAAUGAGAGGGUACUAGGUUGUUUAAAAGAUGGUACUGGCUUCAUCUGCAGUAAACUACACCCUGAUCCUUUCCUGCGCAGUAUGUCAUUCUGGAUAAUGAAAGACUACACAAGGGCACUGGAUACAUUAUUAGAACAGAUUCCAAAGGAAGAUGAUGAAAAUCCAGCUGUGAUUGUGAAAUCUUGCAACCCAGUUGUCUUCAGUUUCUACAAUUAUUUACGAACCCAUCCUCUACUGAUCCGAAGACACUUUGCAUCACCAGAAGGGUCAUUGGCCACCGUAGGACUUACGGCUGAGAAAAGUAAUGCCGAUGAAAUCAAUCUUAUUGAGAGAAAACUAUUCUUUACAACUGCAAAUGCUCACUUUAAAGUUGGUUGCCCUGUACUGGCCCUUGAGGUCCUUUCUAAAAUACCAAAAGUCUUUAAAAAGACAGGAUCCUCCCUAAGCAAAGACACAAAUGUUAUCGCAUCACAGCCACUAGAAAAUGGUGGAAGAGCUAGUGACUUGGAUUGGUCACAGACUGGGGCAGCAUCCUCUACUCUAGACUGGGAAAGCAGUAGUGAAGCUGCUACUGCUGUUGACUGGAGCCAACCUCUUAAAUUGGAAGACGAUGGAUUGCAGCUCGAUUGGGAAAAUGACAAAGAUGAUGAUGAGGAGGAUGAGGAUGAUGUUGGUUUAACCAUGAAGGAUUCCAAAUCGGAUGAAAAGGUUACAAAACAGAAAGACGAGUCAAGCCCAGGGUCAGAAAAACCUCCAGGUCUACAAAGGGGUGAUUCUGCCUUAGAAUCUGUGGUUGAUGUCAUUGCAGAACAGCUGAAAUUCAGAGCAUGUUUGAAAAUACUGAUGACUGAGCUAAGGACAUUGGCUACAGGUUAUGAGGUGGACGGAGGGAAGCUCAGGUUUCAACUUUACAACUGGUUAGAAAAGGAGAUCUGGGCACUGCAUCAAAUCUGUAACUAUAAAGUAGAAGGGAAGGAUUCCACAAAUGAGCUGGACAAAUGGAAAGACAGUGAUUCAAUGGAGCUGGAAGAUGCUGUCGACAAGUCUGAUGUUGGGUCGUAUGAACGUCACCAAUUGGAGCGUCGGAGGUUACAAGCAAAGCAAGAACAUGCCGAAAGGCGCAAGGGGUGGCUGAGAAAGAAUCAGGCACUCCUCCGAGUGUUUCUGAGUUACUGUAGCUUACAUGGUGCACAGGGAGGUGGUGUUGCAUCAGUAAGAAUGGAACUCAUCUUUCUGUUGCAAGAGUCACAGCAGGAAACCACAGUGAAGCAGCUUCAGUCUCCUCUUCCAUUGCCAACAACACUGCCUUUACUUUCUGCAAGCAUAGCUGCAACCAAGACGGUCAUUGCCAACCCAGUUUUGCACCUGAGUAACCAUAUCCAUGACAUUAUGUAUACUAUACUUCAGAUGGACUCUCCACCUCAUCCAAACAUUCACGAUGACAAGACUUACACAUUACACACUCAGGCAGCAUCACUUUCUGCUUGCAUCUAUCAAGCACUCUGUGAUAGUCACAGCUACAGCAGUCAGACAGAAACAAGUCAGUUCACAGGAAUGAUUUAUCAAGGCUUAUUAUUAAGUGAAAGACGGAGAUUACGGACGGAAAGCAUCGAAGAACAUGCAACGCCAAACUCUCUUCCUGCCCAGUGGCCAGGUGUCACAUCACUCAUUAACCUUUUAAAGUCCGCUCAGGAUGAGGAUCGGCCCAAGCUGAAUGUAUUGUUAUGUGAAGCAGUUGUGGCUGUCUACCUCAGUCUGGUGAUCCAUGGCCUUGCCACCCAUUCAAGCAAUGAACUUUUUCGAUUAGCUGCCCAUCCUCUGAAUAAUAGAAUGUGGGCGGCAGUGUUUGGCGGAGGAGCAAAACUGAUAGUAAAGCCUAAAAGGUCACCAGAAAUUGCACCAGCCACAGUGGUCCCUGAUGUAAUGACUCAGGACAGUACAGAAGCUCCUCCUGCUCGCACAGAAGAAGUUGAUAAGCAUCGUCGUAGAUUCAAUAUGAGAAUGCUAGUGCCUGGCAGGCCAGUGAAAGAAACUGUGGUUCCUCCACCUGUACCUGCAGAGAGGCCAACCUACAAAGAGAAGUUUGUCCCCCCAGAACUCAGCAUGUGGGAUUACUUUGUAGCAAAACCAUUUCUUCCUCUAUCUGAUAGCGGUGCUUUGUAUGAUUCUGAUGAAAGUCUUCCAAGUGAUGAUGAGGAUGAUGACGAUGCCUUCCUUUCCGACACUCAAAUAAUGGAGCACUCGGAUCCUAAUUCAUACAGUUGGGCACUGUUGCGGUUAGUACUGGUCAAGUUGGCGCUACACAAUGUGAAGAAUUUCUUUCCUGUUGCAGGACUGGAGUUUGCAGAACUUCCUGUGACCUCACCUUUGGGCAAUGCUGUUAUAAAAACUUUGGAAAACUGGGAACAGAUUCUUCUUGAAAAAAUUAACAAGUUUGACGGCCCUCCACCAAAUUACAUAAACACCUAUCCAAGUGACAUCAGUGGUGGAGGGGGACCAGCAAUAUUAAGACACAAAGCCAUGCUUGAGCCAGACAACACCCCUUUCAAGGCUAAGCAUUAUUUAGCUUUUCCUGUUAAACGGCUGUGGCAUUUCCUUGUGAAACAAGACGUUCUUCAAGACACAUUUAUUCGCUACAUUUUCACCAAAAAGAGGAAGCAGAGUGAGUCAUUAGAAGACCAUGUGGACCAACUCAAACAUAACUGCAUAGCAGAAGAUGGCAAAACCAGCAAGGUGGAGGCAGACCUUGGUUAUCCAGAUGGAAAAGCUAAAAUCAUUCACAAGGAAUCUGAUAUUAUAAUGGCCUUUGCAGUCAAUAAGGCCAGUAAUAAUGAAAUUGUGCUAGCUUCUACACAUGAUGUGCAGGAAAUUGAUGCCUCUGCUCUUUUAGCUGCACAACCAUACACCUGGAUUGGAGAAGAGUUUGACAAAGAGUCCAGGAGCUCUGAUGAUCUUGAUCAUCGCUCCUCCCAUACAAACAUUGCCCAGGCAAGUGCACCUCCAUUUGCACCCAGUCAGAUGCCUGCGUCUGCAUCGAUGCCCUGGUUAGGCAGUGGGCAAACAAGCACAGGCGCUAAUGUGAUCAUGAAAAGAAACUUGAAUAAUGUGAAAAGAAUGACAUCACAUCCAGUUUACCAGUACUAUUUAACUGGAGCCCAGGAUGGAAGCGUACGGAUGUUUGAAUGGGGUCGUCCACAGCAACUUAUAUGUUUUCGCCAAGCUGGCAAUGCUAGGGUUACACGAUUGUACUUCAAUUCCCAAGGCAACAAGUGUGGGGUUGCGGACGGAGAAGGGUUUUUGAGCCUUUGGCAAGUUAACCAAACUGCAUCAAGUCCGAAACCUUAUUUGAGCUGGCAGUGUCACAGUAAAGCCACAAGUGACUUUGCCUUCCUCACCUCCUCCAGCCUCAUAGCCACAACCGGACAAUCCAAUGACAACAGAAAUGUGUGUUUAUGGGAUACUCUGGUUUCACCAAAUAAUAGUCUGGUACAUGCUUUCCCCUGUCACGACAGUGGGGCCACAGUACUUCAGUAUGCACCCAAGCAGCAGCUCAUCAUCUCUGGAGGCAGGAAAGGCUUCAUCUGCAUUUUUGACAUCAGACAGAGACAGCUGCUUCAUACCUUUCAAGCACAUGAUUCUGCUGUUAAAGCUCUCGCAAUGGACUCCACUGAGGACUACUUUAUUACUGGCUCUGCAGAAGGAAACAUGAAGGUGUGGAGAUUAACAGGCCAUGGCUUGAUUUAUUCAUUUACAAAUGAACAUGCCAAGCAGUCCAUAUUCAGAAACAUUGGUGCUGGGGUCGUGAAAAUUGAAACUGGGCCAGGAAAUCGCAUCUUUACAUGUGGAGCAGAUGGAACUCUGAAAAUGAGGGUUUUGCCUGACCGCUACAAUGUACCUGCUAGUAUAUUUGACAUCCUGUAAGUCUGAGAAUCAUAAAUUAGCAUACAAGGCUUACAAAUUCUUAGGCUGUUGAUUGUUAUAAAAAGUUAAGCUCACAGCAAGUAUUUGCAGAGUUUACAACAGAUAACUUAAAAGGCAUUUAUACUUGAAAAAAGCAACAUCUGUUCCAGAAACCCUUAUGAACUGUAUUCAUAGGAGAGUUAUGCAUGUACUGUAUUUGUAAAAGCGGUGCAAUUACAGGUCAGUGGUAGUGCUAUAAAAGUACUUGAAGCAGAAGUGUGUAUCUGUUGUAUUUUGUGCUCACAGCUGAAACACAGUGGUUCUAUAUUUAUGGUCAGUCAGUGAUUUCCGGUGUGAAUUGGUCUGCAUUUUGUUUCUGCUGCUUGCAUCAUAGAUUAAAUGACACCAGGCUCUUUAUGCCUGCUGGUAGCAAUGAAGGUUAUGGUGAAAGGGGAGUUAUGCUGUGUUCCAGCAUACCGCCAUGAAAACUGUUUUGAAAUGCAUAUUAAAGUCUGUUUGGUUGGUUUCAUAGCACUCUGGACAAUUUAUAUCAUUAAAAGCAUAGGAAUGUUAAAGUACUCUGAGACCACAAUGUUUCAUUCCUGUUUUGCACAUAUAACUUUUUUUUUUUUCUUUUUGCAGACUGCUGUCUUUUCUAAGUUUUUUUUUUAAUGAUUGCCUUUACAUUAGGAAUGUAAGGUGUAUUGCAUAGCAGACAGGGACACAGUACAACACUAGUGUUAGUGGGUUUUUUUAUGAUUUAUUCAUACAAUUUUAACAUUGCACUCAAUUUUCGCUGCAAAUAGGUCAAGAAUUUAAACAUACAAAACAGUAAAGAAAACAAGUGUUAAUUUACAAAUGAAUGUCUGGCUUUAUCUGGCCAAGUAAUAAAUAGUUUAUUGAAAUAGUUUUUAAUAUAUAUAUAUAUAUAUAAAUUAUUACCACACCCGCUUGUACAAACAUUAAAGCUUUUCUCUUAUUAUUUGCCUGUAACAUAGCAGCUGAAAGUCGUAUUUUGGUUAAGUGUAUGGUAUUUAUUAAAACACAUUUGUGUUUAAUACAUUAUUGGGAACCAUGUCUAAGUAUUUAAAUGUUGUUAACCAACAGUCCUUUUCCUAUGUUCCGUCUUUAUGUCUGUUUUGUGUAUGUAUCUUUAGCAUUUAAUGCUCUGUUCAUGAAAAAUAUUCAAACUGCAGUGUGAAGCCUCUGUGUGAAAGAAUGGGUAGUUGUGCAAUUGUCAAGGUUUUACAUUUGUAAGUUAAAUAAAUUAUUUUAAUUUCAUGAAAA